GCAGUAGCGGCACGCAUACGCAACCUGCGUGUGUUUGUGUCUGGGGUGGAGGAGAGCGACUACUCAAACUGUGAGCAAGAACUAGCCCCUUACAAACGCCAGCGAAGCAUCAGCAAGGCCAUUUUGUGUAGAUUUCCUGAUCACCUCAAGACAACGGCAGCCGAUGAUGAAGCGAAGCCGUGUCCCAAGCACCAGUGAGGAUUCGGACAAUGGAACCUAUGUUUCUGUUUCUCUAGGUAACUCCACAUCCUGGUCUCAGCACUCCAAGCACAGGAAACAGAAUGGAAAGAGACCUUCAGAGGUGUUCAGGACAGACCUUAUCACUGCUAUGAAGUUGCAUGACUCAAACCAGCUGAAUCCAGAAGAUUAUUAUGAGCUGGCUGAUCCCUGGCGACAGGAGUGGGAGAAAGGAGUUCAAGUGCCCGUCAGUCCUGACUCUAUACCGCAACCAAAAGUGCGCACUGUAGCUGAGAAAUGUCCCGCUGCUCUGUUCGUCAGACCGAAGAAGCUGAUUCGCUCUUCUGAGUCAUCGAUGCUGGGCUAUGUGGGUAUUCAGGCUCUAGCUGAGGGCAUGUGUCGAUAUGAUCUGAAUGAAGAGGACGUAGCUUGGCUAGAGAUCGCUAAUGCAGAGUUCAGUAAGAUGGGUAUGCAAUCUCUGGAUGAGCUGACAAUGGAGCGGGUCAUGGAGGAGUUUGAAAGGCGUUGCUAUGACAACAUGAGUCACGCCAUGGAGACAGAGGAGGGGCUUGGUAUCGAAUAUGAUGAGGAUGUGGUCUGUGAUGUCUGUAAGUCACCUGACGGCGAGGACGGCAACGAGAUGGUGUUCUGUGACAAGUGCAACAUAUGCGUGCACCAGGCAUGUUACGGUAUACUGAAGGUUCCGGAGGGCAGCUGGCUCUGCCGUACUUGUGCUCUGGGCAUCUUUCCCAAGUGCCAUCUGUGCCCUAAGAAAGGCGGAGCCAUGAAACCCACCCGCAGCGGAACUAAGUGGGUGCACGUCAGCUGUGCUCUCUGGAUACCAGAAGUGAGCAUUGGUAACCCUGAGAAGAUGGAGCCUAUCACUAAUGUGUCUCAUAUACCCGGCAACAGAUGGGCGCUAAUUUGCUGUGUGUGUAAAGAGAAAACAGGAGCUUGUAUACAGUGUUCUGCCAAAAGUUGCCGUGUGGCUUUCCACGUGACCUGUGGUCUACAUUAUGGUUUAAAGAUGAACACAAUCCUAACAGAGGCGGACGAGGUCAAGUUUAAAUCCUUUUGUCCCAAGCACUCAGGCAUGGACUGGAGUGAGGAAGAGGGAGAUGAAAUUAGACCAUUGAAAGAGCAAAGAGAGAAAAACAGAGGGCUUGAUUUCUCUUCCGAACCCAAAACCGCACAAAACCAAGAAGAGACGAGAAUUAGCGAGCGAAAGCUGCGAGUGCAGCAGCUCGAGGAUGAGUUCUAUCGCUUCGUCGCUGCUGAUGAGGUUGCCGAACACCUGCAGUUGCCUCUGGAGCUGGUGGACUUCCUUUUCCAAUAUUGGAAGUUAAAACGAAAGGUUAACUUUAACCAGCCACUGAUAAUGCCCAAGAAGGAAGAAGAAGACAGCCUUGCCCGGCGGGAACAGGAAGUGCUUUUGCGACGACUUCGCCUUUUCACCCAUUUGCGACAAGAUCUUGAGCGGGUGCGUAAUUUAACGUACAUGGUCAGUCGUCGGGAGAGGAUAAAACGAACCUUGUGUCGAGUACAGGAGCAGAUCUUUCACCAUCACAUUAAACUGCUCGAGCAGGGGCGGGUUGCUGGUAUAUCUUCUACUAGACAUUUGGAGGAGGCUAUGUUUUACUUCCGAACGGCACCUCCAGUUUCAGCUUCCCCCCAACCUCUGAAAGGUCACUGCGGGCAGAACAGUGCACUGGGGUCCACAGUUCAGACUCACGAGAAGGGUAGCAACCAUUACAGAAUAUCAAAACAGGCCUCAGUUCAUAUGACCAGGCUGGAGGGCUUGGUGAUAGACAAGUUUUAUAAUUUUGAGGGAGUCAUUGAUUCCAACUCUGGAGGUUGCAAGGUUUCGAAAAACGAGGCGGCAGCAUCAGCUACAGCAAAACGUUCAGAGUCCAGGCUGAGAGGAACUGUUGCUCAUAGAAAAGAUGAGACUGAGUGCCCCCUAGAGGACAGGAGGAGGAGAAACAAGCUAUUGGAGCAGGUGUCUGUGAAAGAUAAACUUAGGCAGUCAAAGCUCCUGGAGGAUACAGUGAAGAAUGAAGUGGAGGAAAGCGAUAUGAAUGACACACCAACAACAUACAAUGGUUCGCCAAGAAAGACGAAUCCAAGCCAGCAUCAGAGAAAACUUGUGCCAAAUGGGAGACAUCUGAAAAACUGGGGCAGUUUCAGAAUUCCCAAAAGGAGCGAGAGAACAGCGGGGGGUAGAGGUGGACAGGAAGAAAGUGACGACCUAAAUUCUUCCUUAAUGGAAACUAAUGCAACUCCCACUUCUUCCUCCCCUCCGAUUAGAACCCGGUUAAGGACAGGCAGUGAGAACCGACGUCACGCGGGAGACUCUGAGCAUGGCCAGUCGGAGCAGGGCAAAAGGUGUCACACCCAAAGACUUCGAAGUCAUGAUCCAAUGACUGGACGUUACGGUUCUGAUGUCAUCCAACGUGGAGUUCUUGCGUCAUGAAAACUAUAUGACAUUUAGUGUCAAGAAAUAUAUAUAAUUUUUCUCGUUAAUUUGCUCUUAAGUAAAAUCAGCACUUCAACUAGUGGAACAAUAUUUAUUUUUCUAAUCUGUAAUAUGUCUGAUAUUGCUAAAACUAUCCAUUUUUGUGUGUAUACCAUUUUCUCCUGUUUUGAUGCUUUGGCAAUGCUUUGGUGUGCAAAGCAUACAUGGAGAGGUUUCAAAGAGACCUGAUGAAGAAUAAAUAUUUUCUUAAUUUUGAGUUCAACCCUUUAAAUCAGGUAAAAUGAACUGGCACAAUUUAUAGUUGAUGAGAUAUAACCAGUGUAAAAAAAAUCUUGUACGGCCCAACCGUCUUAAAGGAAUAGAUCAUCCAAAUAUGGUCCCCAUUGUUGGAAUAAAAAUGACUAUGGUCAAGUCAGUGGGGACCAUUUUUGGGUGAACUAUUCCUUUAAGUCCCCUAGAAUUACUGCACUUAACUGAGCACUUAAUUUUCUGACCACAAUAAGUGCCCAAAUGUUAGAUACGUUUGUUUUGAUUUAAUUCUCAGUAUUCGACUAACUUAAAAGGCCAUCGUGUGUUGCAUAUGUGACGUGCCAUAGUUCUGGCACCUUUUACUUCUCAGGUAAAAUCUACUUGUAUGUGUACUUUAAUUUAUAGUGUCAUGUUUUGUUAUUUUUUCCUCUCUUUCAAAUGAACCAAGCAUGUAACAGGUCAAUGCCUUGUGUACUCUCUUUGGUCAUGAAGUAAUACCUUUCCAGGAAUAAAAAAAAACCUUCCAGCUCUUUCAGUUAACAAUAUUCUUCAGCAAUAGAUGGACACUAGAUUCAAAAAGAUUGAUCCACACUCCAAACUGAAUUCUUGAGGACUGAAACCAUUAGCAGCUUUGAUCAGGUACUUCAUUUACAUGCAACAUCCAUUACCUUGAAUUCACUUUUGCACUCGAUAUUUAACAAUAACAUAAAACACUAUCAUUGUUCUAAUAAACACUGUUGCAUUUAAAGGACUAUUCUUCUUGACAUGGUUGCCUUGGAGUAGUACUAAAAUAAAAUGUGUUUUGAAAUAUUUUCUUUAUAGCUUGUAAAACGUCAGGCAAUUUGUGAGUUGAUCUCCUUCAAAAAAGUUUAUCUUGUGCCUGAGUGUUUUUGUGUUUUUUUUUGUUGAGAUAUUGCACUAGAACAUUAGCCAGAGAGCUUGCUAUAACUGUUCUCGAAAAGUAUUUCUACAUGUUUAUAUAAACGGAACGCUGCUGUAUUCUUCUUCGUUCUUGUAUUCUUAUGCGAUACUUUAGUUUUGUUGCAGAUUGUGAAUAAAUUUUCUUGAGGUUACUUUUGGA